AUGUGGUUGUCACUGGUGAGCACACUUCUACUCUUCUUUGGAUCCACAAGUUCUACUACACACAGGAACUUCCAAUUAAAAGAUUUAUAUCACAAAACUGCUUCACUUUCCAAAACUGCCGAGAAGUUAUAUUUGGAAUCACAAUUACUGACUGGAAAAGUGACUCCAAUCAAUUUGACUCAGUUACUAUUGGAACGGCCAAUCGAUGAAACCACUUUUGAGGAAUACAGUAAGAUGGAGAUAUACAGUGGAUUGAAAGAGCAGAAUGAGAUAUCGAAAAUGUUAAAUGAAGCAAAGAAAAGUAGAACUACUGAUGAGAUGAGGGCGGCUAUAGAAGAUGGAUUGAAAACGCUGGACGGCUACAGUGAUCUGAAAUCAAUUAUCGAAGAGAUUGACUCAAAUUCAGUAAUCAGUGAUAUUCAAAAGACUGAGGAGAGAUCAAGGGUCGACCUCGAUUUCAGUGUCAUCGAUAGUAGAUUGUUGCUAUUUGUUGAAAAUAUGAAACGCCUGGUUGAGAACCUGCAGUCUAUAACCAACGAAAACAAAGAAUUAGAUGACAGUAGUAGAUCUGAUGCUCACUUUUAUGUGAAAAUUACACUUUUUGUAUUUGAUCGCAUCGAUUUUUCCAAAUCUCUAAAAAAAGCAGUUAAAAAGAAUAGUGCGUUUUUCGAAUCGAAUAUCACCGCCUCGUUUGAUACUAUCAAAAAGGUGCUUGAUGAAGUGAUGGGAAAACUGGCGGAAGUUAAAAAGUUGGAAGGAUUGGCUGAGAAGUUGAAUUCGAUGAAAUCAGAUAUGGCUUUGCUGGAAAAAUUGAGAGAUAGUAAGGCAGUCAGUGGAGUGAAUACAUUGGAGCAAAAUCUGAAAGCGACUACGGUACUGAUAGAAAGAAUCAAAAUGUCGAAGGAGAAAUACGAAAAGUAUCAGAAAAUUGAGUCGAUUUUAUCGGUUCUUCAACAGAUUGUGAUAUUCUCCAAGUCGAUGAAGAUUCUGGAACUGAGGUCAUUCAAGAUGUCCAAUGAUUUGAAACCUUUUUUGAAACACUUUGAAGAUUUCAAAAUUCUGGACACCUCAAUAUUUGACGGAUUACAGAAAUGUCUGGAGGGGUUUGAUUUCAAAAUUGAUCUCUCUACGGAUAAAUCUCGCUUUGAAGCCCUUCUUGAACCCUUGUCAAAGAUUCAGUCGAUGGAUCAAAAGUUUAAAGAAUCAUGGGAUAGAUUGGUAAAGUACACUGACCCAGAAGAAUACAAAGAUCUGAUAAGUAUAACGCGUGAUAAGACAUUGACUCACAAGAAACUUGUUAAACUGUUGUCCAAUUUUAACUUAAAGGAUUUGAAACAGCUUGAAAUGAAUUUGAACGUAACAAUCAAUGCGCGAAAGGGAGAGCCAAUGUCAUAUUACGAAAAAACAGCCAAAGAAAUACAAGACUUGCUGGUUAAAGUGGAAUAUGAUAAAAUGAGGAAGGAGACCAAAGCUAUUAUAGAUAAGCUUAACAAUGUAAAACAGUUUCUGGAAUGUCAUUCUGAUUUGAAAAUUUCGAUCGACGAUACAGUUGAACUGAUGGAAAUAGCAAAAGAAACAUGGAAUUUUAAUCCGUUGAGGUUGUUGGGAUUGUUGGAUAUCGUGAGUCUAUUCCAAGAUGCAUACGAAAAGAUGGUAGAGAUUCGGGAUUGGAAACUAGAAAGUAAUUCGCCGAUUGAGAAGUUUCCAUUGGAUUCUGAAGAUCUGAAAGCGAUUUCUGAUGGAGUGGACGCUUUGGGAUCCGUGAUGAAGAUUAAUGAGUACUGGGAAGAGAUGGAAGAUUGGGAUGAGGAGGAGUUCGAAGGACACGAUGUUGAAUGGAAAUCUAUUCGUGAUGGUGUAUCUAGUCUGGUGAAGAGUUUGGGACAGUUGAAAUGGGAUCCAAAGCUAUCCGAUGUUCAACAACUAAUUGCCACUAUUCAGUUUCCAGUGGAAAUGCAGAUAGAUGAGUUUAAGACAUUCAUCAGAGGGGAUUAUGAAGGGAAUGGACGAUUUAUUAUAUUGAAAGUUCUGAAAGAUCUAGAAAAGCUGAAAACGGACUUUCCGGAUAUCGCAGGUAAACUGGAAAAGAUGAACCAGUCGAUAGCUAAGAUGAAGGAGUGGGAAGAGAAAGAGCAUCCGAAGACUGUAGAUCAUAAAGAGCCAUUUGUGGAUUGUGCAGUGAGUCACCUCAAUAAAUGCAGCGAGCCCUUGACACUCCCAGACGGGUCACUUGAACCAUUGAAGAAAGUGGAGCUGUAA